AUGUACGGCUUGCGGUUGAUCAACAACAACUACGUGGCCAACGGCACGGGCAAGGAUGUGACCAUCACGUAUGAUCCAAACUUCCGAGGUGGCAGGCUGGGAAGCGUGAAUCAAAUGCAGCACUUCCCACAUCCCAAGGCUGGAACCCCGAAGCGUCGUAAAGAUGAAGCAACUGGCUUCAACGCACGCGAUGAAGCGUAUAAGCAAGCGUUGAACGUCUCCCGAUCCUCCUUCCUGUUGCGACAAGAAGCCAAGGAGAAGAUCAGGGAAUCCGCCAAGUUCCGGUUCUCGGACGAUGCGUCGAAGACCAUGAACACGGUGAUGUCCUUGUCCUCGCUGCCAGCUGGGGUCUUGGAGGGCCUUGGACUCCAAUUGAUUUAA